AUGAAUGGUGUUCAAUUCGCCGUAACUAGUACUCCUCCUGUCAUUACUAGUAAUGGUGGUCAGCAACCCUCCUCCUCCAAUCCUAUUAAUAAUGGUGGAAGUAAAUUGGUUAUUAGUGGAGCAAUUACAACAUCAUCAAGUAAUACACAAAUACCAACUAUUAAUUUAAAUCAUCCAAAUAUUAAUAUUAAUAAUAGAAGAUUAUCAAAUAUAUCAAGUGAUCCUAAUAUGAAUAAUGGUAUGAAUGAAUCAUAUUUUGAAUAUAGAAAUGAAACAGUAAUGGGUAUUCAACCAACAUAUAAUUAUGGUGAAUAUGGACAAUGGAUUGCAAGAUCAUUAAAUUUUCCAAUUACAUUUGGAUUUGAUUACUUACCAUAUAUAAAGUGUAUAUACAAUGAAUUAGAAAAUUCAAUUUAUUUUGGAGUAAAUUGUGCUACAAUUGGAAGUGCUAUAUCUGGUAUUAUAUCUAUAUAUGUUAAUAUUGAAAAAGAUUAUAAUAUUGGAUUAGGAUUAAUUGGUAUGCAUAUUGGUAGAAAUUAUUUAAAUGAUCAAGAUGGAUGUACAAAAGCAUUAUUAUUAUUAAAAAAAGGUAGAAAAUCAUCACCUAAUUUUUUACAACGUUUAUGGUUAUUAGAAAGAAAUAAAGAAAUUGAAUCAUUAAUUGAUUUAGAUGGUAGAAAUGUAUUAGAUAUUAAACAUAUAUUACUAAAAUUAGAAAAGAAACAUUUUGUAAUCAUGACAUUACAUAAAGCAUUUUGGAAAGAAAUGUUACAAGAAUCAAUUUCAAUUAAUAAGAUUGAAAGUUUAAACAAACAAAUAACUUCUCUAACAAGAGAAUGUGAUAUUAUAUUUAAUGGUUUAAUUGCUAAUUAUGGUAAUAAUAAGACUGUUUUAAGAACAUUUGCUAAAUAUUUAGAAGAAAUUAAAUUUGAAAAGGAAAAGGCUUUUGACAUGUAUGAUGAAGCCUCUUCUAUUGAAGAAGAAGAAUCUAAAAAAGUUACUACUUUAUAUUUACAAUCAAAUCAACAAAAAAUAAUUCUGAUUUUGAUGGAAUUGAAAAUUCACAAUAUCAAAAAAAAGAAUAUCAAUUUAGAACAUCAUUAA